CAGAGUUUGCAUCGGUACAAAUGGCCGUCUCUCCGUGCCGUCCAACAAACUGCAUCACUACCGGAAUCUUCGAGACCGGUACACCAACUGUACUUACGUCGAUGGCAACCUGGAGAUCACAUGGCUCCAGAACAAUACCUUCGACCUCAGCUUCCUCCAGCACAUACGGGAGGUCACCGGUUACGUGCUCAUCAGUCACGUGGACGUGCGCAGGUUCGUCCUCCCGAGCCUACAGAUCAUCCGUGGCAGGACCCUUUUCAAACUCAAUAUACACGACCACGAAUUCGCCCUCUUCGUUACGAUGUGUCAGAUGCACAACCUGGAGAUGCCAUCCCUUAGAGAUAUACUCAAUGGGAGCGUGGGCAUGUACAACAACUACAAUCUCUGCCACAUCAAGACUAUCAAUUGGGAGGAAAUAAUCACAGGCCAAGGAGGACGAUAUUUUUAUGUGUAUAAUUUUACAACACCGGAACGCGGAUGUGCAGCAUGUGACGAAAGUUGUGAGCAAGGCUGCUGGGGCGAAGGUUCGGAGAAUUGUCAGAAGUUCUCGAAAACGAACUGUUCGCCUCAGUGCUGGCAGGGCAGGUGCUUCGGUCCUAAUCCACGCGAAUGUUGCCAUCUUUUUUGCGCGGGUGGUUGUACCGGUCCCAAACAGAGCGACUGCCUUGCCUGUAAGAACUUCUUCGACGAUGGCGUGUGCACGCAGGAAUGUCCGCCUAUGCAAAAAUAUAAUCCAACAACAUAUUCAUGGGAAACCAAUCCGGGCGGAAAGUACGCGUACGGGGCGACUUGUGUAAGACGAUGUCCGGAACAUCUUUUAAAGGACAACGGUGCAUGCGUGAGAUCCUGUCCACCGAAGAAGAAAGCAGUGAAUGGCGAAUGUGUUCCCUGUGACGGUCCUUGUCCAAAAACCUGCAAAGGUGUGGAGAAAGUGCAUUCUGGUAAUAUCGACACCUUCAAGGAUUGUACCAUCAUCGAAGGAUCCAUCACGAUUCUGGAUCAGAGUUUCGAAGGUUUCCAACAUGUUUUUCCAAACUACUCAUUCGGCAAACGAUUCGACAAGAUGCAUCCUGAUGAAUUAGAAGUCUUUAAAACAUUGAAAGAGAUUACGGGUUACCUUAAUAUUCAAGGAGAUCAUAAAGAUUUCAAGAACCUUUCGUAUUUUCGGAACCUCGAGGUGAUUGGAGGUAGAACGCUCACGGAAUAUUUCGCAUCGUUAUACAUCGUCAAGACUUCUUUGAUAUCCUUCGGUCUUAGUUCCUUGAAGAAGAUUUAUUCCGGCUCGAUCGCUAUUCUGGAGAACAAAAAUCUAUGUUACGCAGAAAGUAUCAAUUGGAACAGAAUUAAGAAAUCAUCCGAACAUGAAAGUCUCUUAUCAAAUAAUCGAAACGAGACCGAAUGCAUUGAGGAUGGCCUCAUAUGUGACGAGCAAUGUUCAGAUGAAGGAUGUUGGGGACCGGGACCAUCACAAUGUUUGUCGUGUAAGAACGUUAUUUUAGGGAACGACUGUCUUGAAGAUUGCAAUGCGCCAGGGAUUUAUCAAGCGGACAAUAAAACUUGUAAGAUGUGUCACGAAGAAUGCGACACAUCUUAUAGCUCCUGUACCGGUCCUAAUGCCGACCAAUGCAUUAAGUGCAAACACGUGCGAGAUGGACCAUUCUGUGUGCCAGAGUGCCCAUCCUCGAAGUACAAUGACAACGGCCAAUGUAAACAGUGUCACGAGAAUUGCGUAGGCGGUUGCAAGGGACCGGAGAACAACAUAGGCGCCAACGGAUGUCAUAGUUGCGAAAAGGCAAUUAUGAAUGACGAAGUACCAGAGAGAUGUUUGCAGAAGAGAGAACCGUGUCCCGAUGGACAUUAUUACGAGUGGGUUGAUCAGUUGGAGCAAGGUCUUUUAAAACCUCUUGCCGGAAAAGCUGUCUGUCGCAAGUGUCAUCCACGUUGCAAAAAAUGCACAGGAUACGGCUUCCACGAGCAAGUGUGUCAACAAUGCACCAAGUAUAAGAAAGGAGAGCAAUGCGAAGAUGAAUGCCCUGCUGAUCAUUUCGCGGAUGCUGACACGCAGCAAUGUAUAUCGUGUUUCGGAGAAUGCCGAGGAUGCUUUGGACCAGGCUCUAAUCAGUGUUACAAAUACCGGAAUUAUAAAAUUUACAUUGAUAGGAUAGACGACUCUGAUGAUAAUACAACAUCCUUUAAUUGCACGGAGACCUGUCCACCAGAAUAUCCUCACAAGAUCUUUCCUCCUGACAGCGAACCGUACUGCUCCGUAGAAACUAUAGGCCUCGGUUAUCAAAUGGAAAACGAUUUUCAUCCAGCAGUUUGGGGUGGCAUUGGGAUCGUAUUAGUAGUGUUUAUUAUUAUCAUCAUUGUUUUACUGUAUUUAUGGCGAAUAAGAACGAAAGCUAAGGAAAAUACAGUGAAGAUGACGAUGGCUUUAACUGGUUUGGACGACAAUGAACCGCUUCGACCGACAGGUGUGAAACCAAAUCUCGCUAAACUACGAAUCAUCAAGGAAGAAGAGAUGAGAAAGGGCGGUAUAUUGGGUUACGGAGCUUUCGGCAAUGUGUACAAAGGCGUCUGGGUACCUGAAGGAGAGAACGUAAAGAUCCCAGUUGCUAUAAAGGUUCUUCACGAUGGUACGGGUGCGAACACAUCCAAAGAAUUUCUCGACGAGGCUUACAUUAUGGCUAGUGUCGAACAUCCGAAUUUACUGCAAUUACUUGCAGUAUGCAUGACGUCGCAGAUGAUGUUAGUGACUCAGCUGAUGCCUCUAGGCUGUCUACUGGAUUUUGUACGCAGGUACAAGGAUAAAAUCGGUUCGAAACCAUUGUUAAAUUGGUGCACGCAAAUUGCGAGAGGUAUGGCCUAUCUAGAAGAGAGAAGAUUGGUUCACCGAGAUUUGGCAGCGCGAAAUGUCCUCGUCCAAACUCCAAAUUGCGUGAAAAUCACUGAUUUUGGUCUUGCUAAAUUAUUGGAUAUUAACGAGGAACAAUAUAAGGCUGCAGGUGGAAAGAUGCCUAUCAAGUGGUUGGCAUUGGAAUGCAUUCAGCAUAGAGUAUUUAAUCAUAAAUCGGAUGUGUGGGCCUUUGGGGUGACCAUUUGGGAGGUCCUCACCUAUGGUGGUAGACCGUACGAAAAUGUUUCUGCUCGAAAUGUGCCGGAAUUAUUGGAAAAGGGCGAAAGAUUACCACAGCCCGCGAUUUGCACGAUUGAUGUAUAUAUGAUUAUGAUUAAGUGUUGGAUGCUUGACGCUGAAUCCAGGCCUAGCUUCAAAGAACUGGCAGAGGAUUUUGCAAAAAUGUCCAGAGAUCCUGGUCGAUAUCUUGCCAUUAAAGGAGAUAAGUACAUGAGACUGCCUUCGUAUACACUACAGGACGAAAAGGAGAUGAUUCGAAAUCUUGCAUCAGCGAUGGAUGGUCCUGAAACUCUGUUAGAUGCUGGUGAGUACCUACAGCCUAAAUCGCGGGCUCCACUUCCACCCACAAUUUCCGCAUCAAGUACUUCGGGUUCGCCGCCAAUUACACCGGUAAAAUCGUGCUGGCCGAACGGUAAGCCGCUCGCCGCUGAUUCUCCGACGCCACAAAAUCAACAAAACUGGGACAGAGAACUUUUGAGGUAUGGAAAUCAUGAGAGUGGAAACGCGUCGCACGAGGCCGGCAAUUCUGGUCAACGCGCGCAUUACGCACAUCCCAAUGGUCACUGUGGACACGUCGCAGGGUCAGAUAGCUCAAGUUCGAGAUAUUGUUCGGAUCCAUUGAAGAUGGUCGGUGUUAGAGAUUGCGAUGUGACGGAUGAUUGUUUCAAUACGAACGUCGUGCAACAGCAAGCUCAAGUUGGAAACUUGAAACUAGAUUUGCCAAUAGAUGAAAAUGAUUAUCUCGUGCCGACGCCACAACCGUCAGUCAACGCGACGCAAUAUAUAGAUCUCAUUGGGGAUUCUAAGCCAACAGAAUCCGAAACAAAGCGAUUGAACAAUGGCUUCCGAAAAUAUCCAGACUUUCUAGCGAUUCAGGGGAAGACGUCACUAGACAAUCCGGAAUAUAUAAUGUCACAGGACGAAGGUCCGCUCACGCCACAGACUUUGGGUAUUCCUACACCGGACUUGGACAAAGUCCUGCCAAAUGGUGCCUUCGGGUCUCAAAUUAGGCAACGAAGUUCCGAAGAAGAAUCGGAUCACGAAUAUUACAAUGAUUUUGAUCGAUUGGAACGGGAAUUGCAACCGCUGAAACCUUUUAGAAAGAACGAAACGACGGUGUGAUUUUAGUGAUGCUAUCGAGGAUACGAAAAUAAUUCAAGAGUCUGAUAGUAUCAGGAAAUCAUAUUGAUGAAACCUUUCCUGGGACAAAAGCUGAAUCUUGAAAGGAAAAGAAACAUUGCUUUUGCAUUAAAAUGCUUUAUUAUUAAAGCCUCGUCUGACAGCGUUACAGUUACUCAAUUUCCGAGUACAGGACACAUUGUACUUAUAAAGGACACUUCGCUCAAGUGCCGCGCUCGAUUGUGAUUAGACGUAAGCUAGAGACUCGUACGUAUUACGAAAUAUAAAUAAAACGAAAGAGACUAUAAUGAUGUAAUGAAAAUAUAAAUCGUGCGAUGAUGAUAUUCGCGAACAAGUAGUGCAAAGAUAUUCUUAAUGUGCCAUUUGUGGCUUGUAAAUAAAUUACUUUUCGUACUAGCUUUUGAGGAUGUAAGAAGCAUUCUAGGACUUAAUUCGCAACGACAGCGUCAAUAUUGUCUUUGCUUAACAGUUUUUCUUCAGAUCCGUAUUAAGGCAUUUUGUCCUUGCCAUUGCAAACAAAAUAUAUAGUCCUUAUACAUAUAAAAUGGUUGAAAAUGUAGAAAACGACACAUAUAAAUAAUUUUAUUUCUUUGAUUAAAUCUGUUCUACAUUUGUCUUUGUAAUAAUGAUUCUGUGUAUUAUUACGGUCCAAAUUCUUUAAAAUUACGUAGAUCUUCAUAGACUGUAUAAACUUAAACACGUCUCACUUUUCUCAUUACUCACUUUUAUAAAGAUAUCUAUGCACCCUCUAAAAGCUACCCAUUCAGCACAGAUCAUUCCAUACGGUAACAUCGCAUUACAGCAAUGUUGCAAGCUUCUGCGCUAUGGGUAAUAUUCACAAUGACGAUAUUUUUCAAUAAACUCUUAAAAAUACAGAUCAAAUUUUACAAUUGAAAGAUUAUAUCGCAAAGUAUAAACAAAAAUUAAAGUUGUCCACAGCGAUCACUUGCGAACUUUGAAGAGAUUCAUGGUCGUUGUUGAAACUUUAAUGGCAAAAACGGUUUUAGGCAUUUUUGAGCGGAAUACUUGAAAUGUAUCACAGGAAAUCGCUCAAUACAUUUUACAUUACAUACGUGCUAUUUUAAUAUUUUUUAUUCGAUUUCUUUUCUCAAAUACAGAACAAACUA